UACAUGCAAGAAUAGCUUGUACAUGUGGGUGGUGGUCAUAUCCUGUGGGGGAGGCUUUACACGAAACAUAUGUUUAACUCAGUCCUUUUAGUUCACAAGUUGUCUGUCACAGAAGUGUUCACAUACUUUAGGUCCUAGUGUUUAAUGAUGGUUCACCUGUUUGUUUUGAUCUGCUUGUGGCAUCUGGUUGGUGUGUUUGCUGACACUGAUGCAGUGCAAUCAGUGUCAGUGCUGGAGGGAGAUUCAGUCGCUCUAGAAUCUGGUUUUACUGAAAUGGUGGACGAUGAUCUGAUUCUGUGGAAGUUUGGAGCUGAAAACACUUUAAUAGCUCAAAUCAAUGUACUGGCCGACAGCAUCAUUGUGUAUGAUAAUGCUCUUGCUGGGAGAUUCAGAGAAAGACUGAAGCUGGAUGAUCAAACUGGAUCUCUGACCAUCACAAAUAUCAGAACCACAGACUCUGGAGUUUAUCAACUUCAUACCAGCAGUGUGAGGAAGCGUUUCAAUCUCACUGUCAAUGCUUGCCUGCCUGUUCCUGUCAUCAGCAGUAACUCUUCAUCAUUAUCAAGAUCGUCAAAACGUGAAUAUUUGAACAUCACUGAUCUCUGUCAGAAAUGUGCAGAUUUACAUGUCCAUUGUUGUGAUACUGUUGAAGCUGUGAUCCGAUUGGUCGUCACUGCUCUGAUGGGCGUGGCUGCUACGAUUGCAGUUGUUCUUCUUGUCAAUGAUGUCAGAUCUACAAGAGGCAGUGAAUUGAAAGGACAAACGGAUUUGAAAUCAUAGUAUUUAUCCAGUCAAGCUCACCAUUCAAACUCAACAUAUUAUAUACCCAUGAAUUAAAUAUUAUAUACCCAUGUAUCUCCUCAA